AUGGUCGAACUACGAAAGCGCAAGGCGCCAGCACAAGCCCCUGCGGCAGAGCGCAAGGCCAAAAAAGUUCAGGAAUCCACGGUAUCUCGAAAGCCGGAUGUUCCCAAGGCCAUCUCCGACGAUAAGGCUCCAAAAGUUGGCGACAAACUAGACUUGGACAACUUCGGUGGUGAUAUUGAGACUGACGAAGGGCAAAAAACCACGCUGAAAGAUCUCGUCGAUGCUAGUGAAGCUGGUGUCGUGCUGUUCACGUACCCUAGAGCUUCAACCCCAGGCUGUACGUAA